AUUUUAAGAAAAGUUUUCGCAUAAAAUGAGCGUUACCCUCCAAAGUCAAGAUUUAGAAGAAUUUAAGGUAGAUAGAGAUGUUGCCGAACGUUCUGUCCUAAUUAAAAAUAUGUUAGAAGAUAUUGGGGAUUCCGACUCUCCUAUUCCACUUCCCAACGUUACAGGCAAAGUUUUGAAGAAAGUGAUUGAAUGGUGUACUCAUCACCGUGAUGAUCCUAUUACCACUGAUGAGCAGGAGCGCCGUAAUACUGAUAUCGAUGAGUGGGACCAAAAGUACAUGGAAGUUGAUCAAGAGACCUUAUUCGACAUCAUCUUGGCUGCUAACUAUCUUGAUAUCAAGCCUCUUCUUGACGUUGGAUGUAAAACUGUUGCUAAUAUGAUUAAGGGUAAGACUGCUGAGGAGAUUAGACGUACCUUCAACAUUACCAAUGACUUUACACCAGAAGAAGAAGCUCAAAUUAAGAAAGAAAAUGAAUGGGCAGAAGAUCGUUAAGGAAAUCGAACAGUUUUUAAUGAUAUAUCACUUCUAUCUCAAAUAACGCUUAAUUGACUCGCAAACAUUCGCUCUCUCAUCAUCUUUUCCAUCAAAUUUAAUUUGUUUUUCUCAUCUCCCAAUUUGUCAUAAAAUUGCACUUGUAUAGUCUUCGAGAAGCCCACAAAUUUCAAUUCAUUUGUUU